CAUGUCCCAUGGAACAAAUUCUCCUGCAGCCACGGGUUAAAAACGUGGCUUCUGAAUCGUUUCAGGGAGCAUCAGGACACAGCCAUUCAUUCUGCUUGUUCAGCUGUGAGAGGGGCAUGCAGCAACUCAAAGAGGGGAGAGGAGCAGGAAGUUGCAUUCAGAGUUAUGGGAGAGUGAGGGUGAAUGAAAGCUGCAGAUUGGAAGAGAGUCAGGGCAUGGGGGGGGGGAGAGUUUGUUAGUUGGAGAGAGAAACUUUUUACCAUCUGCUCAAGAUUUGAGUGAAGCUGGGAAGCCUGUCAGAUUGUCUUUACAUAUGGAACACUACUGGGGUCUGGACGCCGUACCGAUGGAUACGGAUUUAGGAGCAGCAAAUGCAGCCCGCCACAGUUUUAUCGAAUGGAUGGAGGUGUCCAGUGAUCAUGGAGACUGCUGAGAGAAUCAACACAGCUGUCGACAGGCAAAAGUUGGGCUUUCUUCGAGGGAAAAGUGUGACAGUGGAAGUUGAGGACAUUGGGCAAAAAGUAAAAGAGACAAAAAGACAACCUUUUGCCCUUUUAGACAAUCUCUGGAACCAGAGAGAAGAUUCGUCAAGGAUGGAUUUCAGGAGACCAGUUUGUGACCUCUACCCCAGCGACAGCACCACCGUCAGAACCAAACAUUCAAGAUCCAAUGGGGGAAACAUCAAGGACAAGAUUUCUCUUUGGGAGAACAAAGAAUCCACUCUUUCACAUUUACCUUCAAGUAGCUUGAGCAAGUGUGCCAGCAUUAAAGGAACCGACUCUUUGACAAACGGCAGCAACAAGACUGUGGAUAAGCAAAGGACUGAAAGUACCAGGACAGUAGCCAGUAAGGAGAAGGACCUUGGGAAAGAAAAUGUAUUAACGCGUGACGAUUCAAGACCUUGUUCCCCCGAUGAACUGCCAAAACAACCUCAAGUGGCUAAUAGUGGCCCUAGGUCUAGUGAAAACAGGGAAAAGACUGCCUCAAAGAGAUAUACAGGUCACAAAGAAACUCCUCGAGAUGAUUCAACUCCUUGUUCACCUCAUGUACCUGGGAAUCAGCCCCAAGUGAUCAAUCCAAGCUCUAGGUCCAGUGACAACACAGCAAAAGCUGACGAGAGAAACGCAGGUCACAAAGACACUCUUAGUGAUGAUUCAAGACCUUGUUCUCCACCAACGAGUGAGAAACAGCAAGUUGGGAUGCUAAAAAAGAGCAGUGAAAAGAAAUCGUCAGAACAAACCAGUGAGGAGACGAGAGCGGUGUUUACUCUUUUCAAGAAACUAGAGACUUUGGGGAAGAACCAUGGCAAAGCCCCCGCAGAGCUUGGAAACUACUUCAGCCCACCGGGCAAGGACAAGAAAGUUGAGGUGAAAAAGAAAGAACUAAAUGAUUCAGUUGAGAGUAGAUCUUUGUGGGAUAGAGAAGGAAGGGAGGAUCAGGAGAACAUGUACACGGAGCCGGGUGCCCUGCCCAUCAAUCCGGUGCCCAAACCCAAGCGUACCUUUCAACAUCCGGCGACUGCCUCCAUGGGAACGAGUUCGAAGGAGGGGAGAGGGAAGAGGAACCUCCCUCCGCUGCCAUCCAUUUCCUCUAAAGCAUCCUCAAAGCCCCCCUGUGGUUACUAUGGGAAACUUAGGGCAGACAGGUACCUUAACAACAGGAAACCAUUUGACUUUGAAGACCGUACAAGGUCACCUAGCCCAGUUUUCGCCAGCCCCACGUCCCAGGAACAUCACUAUGAAGACAUCUUGGACUCAUCCAAUGAGAACCCAUAUGAAGACAUAGAGUUGGAGAGUCAAUGUUCGCAGCAGUCUGUCCCCUCAUCUCCUGGUGCUGAUACAACAAAGGCAUCUAGGCCUGGUUUCUUCAGACAGAACUCAGGCAGAAGCUUCAAGCUACUGGAUCUGAAGAGAUCCAACCAGUCAGCCCACACCAUCAACAGCGGAGGCGUUUCAUCUCCGCCCCAGCUUAGCCCACCCUCCACCCCGCCUGGGCCUGAACACGGCGCCUGGAUCCCAGGGGAUCCCUACAGCCGCACCUGCCGCAGGAUACCAACAGUUGUGCUGAGAAUAAACAGUAUAUUUGAGGGUCGGAGCAGAAAAAAACAGCUGCGAAGGAUGUAUCACUAUGCCGAAACUAUUUCUGGAAGAGUAACCGAUGAGAACAGCGACUCAGAGAGUGAAGUUGAAGACAGAUUAAAAGUUCGAUCUCUCCUGAGGCAGCCGAGAAAGACACAGGUCCACUACAAAGAUUCCACCACCAGAAGCUGCUCUCUGGAUCAGGAGCGCCACCAACGCAAGCUGUUUGAGUACUUCCUCGUUGUUUCACUGCAGAAGUCAAAGGUCGGCGACCACUAUAUGCCAGAAGUCACACAGCAGUUCCCCCUUAAGUUGGAGCAAAGCUUCAAGUUUCUGAGGGAGACAGAGGAUCAGCUGAAGAUCAUACCUCAGUUCUGUUUCCCAGACGCAAAAAACUGGGAGCCUGUGGAGAUGUACCCAAGUGAGAUGUUCUCCUUUGUUUUGACCGGCGAGGACGGCAGCAGGAGGUUCGGAUACUGCCGCCGCUUACUGCCCAGUGGAAAAGGCCAACGCCUGCCAGAGGUUUAUUGUAUCGUUAGUCACCUCGGCUGUUUCAACCUGUUCUCCAAGGUGUUGGAUGAAGUGGAGAGGCGGCGAGCGCUCUCCCCAGCACUGGUCCAGCCAUUUAUGAGAGCCAUCAUGGAAGCCCAGUUUCCAGCUCCAGGAAGAACCAUCAACAUCAAAACCUUUCUCCCUGGUUCUGGCACUGAGGUGAUGGAGCUCUGCCGACCAUCUGACUCCCGUCUAGAGCAUGUGGACUUUGAAUGCCUGUUCUCCUGCUUGAGUCUGCGGCUUCUCCUCCGCGUGUUCAGGUCUCUGCUGCUGGAGAGAAGAGUGAUCUUCACCGCUGAUAAGCUCAGUACCCUCUCCCAGUGCUGCCACGCAGUCGUUGCUCUGCUCUACCCCUUCGUCUGGCAGCACACCUACAUUCCGGUGCUGCCCUCCGCCAUGUUGGACAUCGUCUGCACUCCGACCCCUUUCAUUGUCGGCCUGCUGUCCAGCUCUUUAGCCCAACUCAACGAGCUUCCCCUGGAGGAGGUUCUUGUCGUGGAUCUAGGCAAUAAUCGACUUCUCAGACAGUUGGAUGAUGAGGACUCAAUACUACCCUCUAAGCUCCAGUCGGCUCUAGAGAAUGUUCUAGAAAGAAGAAGAGAACUUGCUAAUGACAGAGGAGCAGACUCAAUCAGUGACACUGGUCAUCUUAGCACCGUUGUGUCUGAGGCCUUUGUCCGCUUCUUUGUGGAGUUAGUUGGACACUAUCCGCUGUUCAUUACCGCCGAACGUGAAGACGGAUAUUCCUCCUCUUCGUCGUCCUCUCCCGCUUCCUGCGCGUUCCAACGCGAGGGGUUCCGGAAAGCGAUCCCUUCCAAGACCGUGCGCCGCUUCUUGGAGGUCUUCAUGGAGACCCAAAUGUUUGGCUGGUUUAUCCAGGAGAGAGAGCUCCAUCGGCAAGCUCUGAGAGGACUGUUUGAAGUGAGAGUGCAGGAGUAUUUGGAUUCCAUCAAUGAGAAUGAACACCGGAGGGUCAACAGAUUUCUCAAAGGAUUGGGAAACAGAAUGAAAUUUCUUUCUAAGAGAUAAUGAAGAGACAACAAACAAAAGAAGAAGAUCCUGAUUAGAAGCUCAAGGAUAUUUCUUGGAACUUGUCCUGUUUUUUGAGAACUUUUGACCAGUGAGGUUAAAAGCUUCAAGAAUGCCUAGAGACACUUUGACUGAAAAGUUGGUGAACCAUUUAAAAGCAGGUUUGUAUCUGGAAAGAUGACGACACCUGGAACUAAGGAUUUAUAUAAAUAUUUCAGAUCUGGGUUGGGAGAUUUUCAAAUGGGAAUGUAUAUGGUGCCAUCUUUUUUGGCAUUGUGCAGUAUGCUGAUGACGAAAUAAAACAAUGGUUUGACUUUA